AUAUUUGCUGAGCUAAACGAGUAGCACGCAGCGACAUUAACGGUUUCGAGAUUCGAGACGCCAUUGGAAUUUCGAGCUUCAUUCUGUGAUCCUGUUGCUGACAGACAUCACGUCAAUCUCCAUUUCUGUUUUUACUUUUCUUGUAGAACUUAAAUGAACAGAUUUGGUUCCUGUUCGUGACAGAUCGGAAGCUUAUUAACUUGUGCCUACAGGGAAGCUUGUUUAAGAGUAGAGAAGUCGUGUUCUGAACCGAAAAUUCGACCAAGUUUGGAACCAGCAUCUUCUAGCGUGAUGGGCCGGGAUAUUGCUAGCCUACGCAUUGAUAAGAAGCCCAAUGUUGGUAACGUGAAUUCUAAUGGUGUCAUUCGUGGUACGAAUCACGCUUCUCCAAAACAUUCAGGAGAAAGUGUUAAAGUAAGAAAAAGUGAGGCUGAGGAUGGGACUAUAGAAGGGUCGCAUGUUGAAAGAAGUCCUGAGAAGCAACAUGCGGUAGCUGUUAAAAGCACCAAUCAUGAAACUGGUUCUCCUGAGGGCAUAACGCAAAAACCUGAACCUUCGAAAUCACGUGAGAAAAUUAUAAGCUCUCCUGUUAGCGCAGCAUCAGGGUCUGCCUCUGUUGAAGAAAACAUUGCCCCUGGUCUGCAUGCAUCAUCAAACAUCAGUAAUUUUCAUUCCCCUACAAACACAAAGCAAUCACAGCGGAACUAUCCUUUCUCCACACCAAGGCCACAAAAAUCUGAUACAAAUAAAUAUCGUGAUGAGGAAGAUAACUGGUCUCUGGCUUCAUCUGCUGCAACCUCUGUACGAACAGUGAAAUCACGAGUAACAGUUGGAGUAGCUCCCUCCUUUAGAAGUGCUCAACGUGCUGCACAACGGAAGGAGUUCUAUACAAAGCUGGAGCAAAAGCACCAGGCUCUCAAGGCAGAGAAGAUGGAGUAUGAAGCGAGGACCAAGGAGGAGCAAGAAGAAGCUAUAAAGCAGCUCAGAAAGAGCAUGGUUGUUAAAGCAAACCCCGUUCCCAGCUUUUACCGUCAAGGACCUCCACCAAAGGCUGAACUCAAAAAGCUGCCAUUGACCCGUGCCAAAUCCCCCAAGUUAUCACGGAGAAAGAGUUGUGGUGAUACGACGCAUUCUUCCGUUGAUGAGAAAGCUCUUUGUUCACGGGUGCGUCAUAGCUUAGGCGCUUAUAAACCUGGGAGCGUUGCUUCAAGUCCGAUCAAGCAGAACAUCAAUGGCAUUAACAAAGCCAAGGACCGCACCACCAACGAGACUCCGAAAGCUUCGCCUCAUAAAUUGACCAACGAGACAAAAGACAUCACGGUUCAGUCAUGACUCAGGUAACUUACAUUUAAUUGAAAAAAUCCCGAAUUUCACUGUAUUUUCGGUAAGUGAAGUUGUCGUCGUGGUUUCUGUAACACUUUGUACCCAUAUGUUUCUGCUUGUAAUAGUACAUAUCAUAUUAGAUAGAGAGAGAGAGACAACAAAUGUAAACGAUUUUCGUUCUAAUUUUCGUCACACUUGUUUCU